CCUGAUUCUCUGAGCUGGACGUCUGAAGCGAUGAUCACAAACAUGAUUGUGCUGCUGUGUUUGUCUGCGCUGUUUCCCAUCUUGAUGGGCACCAAUGAGGUCAAAUCGGAUUGUUUUCUUGCCAAAGACUGCUCAGACAUUUAUUCGAGUGGGAAAAAUGCCAGCGGCGUGUACACCAUCACCUCAAUGGAUGGACUGUUGCAGGUCUACUGCGAGAUAGUCUCCGGUGGACUAAAUGACAGAGGACACUGGAUGGUGAUUCUCAGGCGAAUGGACGGCGAGGUGAAUUUCUUUAGGCCAUGGGAGAGUUAUAAGAAGGGUUUUGGAAAUAAAGACGGUGAAUACUGGCUGGGAUUAGAGUUUCUUUACCAGCUGACCAGCAAGUAUCAGUAUAAACUGAGAGUAGAUGUGGAGGACUUUGAAGGGAAGAAGGCUUACGCUGUGUACGAGUCUUUCUCUGUGGGCUCUGAGGCUGAUGGGUACAAACUGCAUGUGAGCGGCUUUCUAAAUGGAGGGGCAGGUGAUUCUUUGAGUUAUCACAAUGGAAUGAAAUUCUCCACCUUUGACAAAGACCAAGAUAGUUCAGGAGACAACUGCGCUAAGACAUACUAUCAAGGAGGGUUUUGGUACAAAAGUUGUUAUUACACAAACCCCACUGGUCACUAUAUAUGGCAGAAAAAUAUUAAAGAAAAUCAAUUUGGAGCCACCUGGUACCACUGGAAGAACAACUACAAUGCUUUGAAGUCUGUCACCAUGAAGAUCAGACGUGUGUUGUAGAGCAGAGCUUACAAAUGCUUCCUUCAGCUUGUGCACACAUCCACAACUUUAUGUAUGCAUGUGGAUCUUUCUUAAAAUAUGGUGACAAAGGCAUCAUUUACUAACUAUACAUUUUAUUCAAUUAUUGGAAAUUGUUUCACUCAUACUGUCUUGCACAUAAAAAAAAAAAAAAUCAAAUUUGACAAGUGCCAAUAAAGUGUGCUUACAUAAAAUGGGUUUAUGUCUUGAAGCUUUUCUGCAUGUUUUUCUGCUGUCUGACAACCAUCUGGUCUGUCAGCUCGAACUUCUUCGAUUUUGAAGCAAUAAAAGCAAUAUUAU